AUGCCAUGGAGACCCAAAGAGAAACAGGACUUAUAUGAAGAUGAUGAAGAAAUGGCAAUUGAAUUGCCGGAAAAUUCGGCCAUCUCAAACUCAUCCCUUAUCGAGUCAAAGGUAUCGGUUCGUCUGUUCGGAGGUCGACUCAAUGUGGGUGUGCGUGAGGGUGAGGUGCAACAUGGUACGCCUCGGUUACAGAUGUCCUAUGUGAACGAUCGCCAGGAUAUUAAUAUUAGCAUUAAUAGGACAAAUCACUCCGCCCCUGUCCGCAAUUGCCGUGGCAUCGCAGUCAAGGGGCCCACUAGAAGAGCCGCCGAGGUUGCUCGUGCUCGCAGGACUAUUGGCCACUACAACAAUGACCUUUCGGAGGGACUGACGGAUGGCAUUCACGGCAACAAUGUCUUCUGCCGACCGGGUCUUACUCUUUGGGAUUCUAUGCGCCUGCUCGCCGUCUCGGCGUUUUCCGAGGCCUUUGACUGUCUUUCGCCCAUCUCGCCUCCGUCGACAGGACAAGAGGUGCCGCCUCGGGCGCAGCCUUGUCUAGAGCAGGUGAAAGAGGAAAGGGAAGCGGAAGCGGAAGAAGAAGAGAAAGAGGAAGAAAAGGAAGCGGAAGAAGAAGCAGAAGAGGAAGGAGAGCAAGAGGAAGAGGAAGAGGAAGAGGAAAAGGAAGAGAAGAGAGAGGAGAAGGAGGAGGAGGAGGAGAGCGAAUGGUGUGUGGCAAACGAGACGGUAGCCGCUGCUCCGAUCGAGCAUGGCGUCAAGUCGAGAGCCUUCUUUGUGCAAAGCCUCUCCUUCGAUCUCGGCACACCUGACGCCCAGCAGCCGGUGAGUCGAGCCGAAGAGUGCGUCGCGUCGAGUCAACCCGAGACGGGUACAUCCGCCCGGCAACCGGCGCACAGUUACUACGACGCCGCAGGCGCGGAGGCGACUGCGUCCAGGCUGGACGAGACGGCAGUCAACGGCUUCCACGACAGCCCCGCUCCUGAGACCAUCUUCAGCGUGUACCAGACGGCGAAGAAUCGCAACCGUCUGUCCGAGCGAGAGUUCGCCGACAUCAUCAACGAGCUGACGACCCAACUGUUGCCACGCAAUCUCUCCAACUCGUUCGAAAAAGGCACCAGCUGUUGUCCUCCGGCCGCGCGCAAGAUGUACGCCUGGCAGGAGCCACCGCCCAUCUCUCCGCAGACCUCCGAGUCCAACCUCGACGAGACGCCGCCCGCGAGGCCGGUCUCCGAGACCGACGUUGACAAAUACGUCGACGACGCUGUCAACGUCAACGUCGACGCCGACGUUCCACCUCGCCACGACUCGUCCGUGCCCCACACAUCCCCCACCAGCCCCGGCGACGACAUGGCGACCGGCCGGCCGGAGGUUAACGCGCCAAAUGACGCCAUCACG